AUGCAACAAAUUUAUCUUCUAGCCACGGUUGGUGCUCUCGCAGCACUAGCAGUCGUUGUUCAUGCUCAAACCACGCCCCUUUUCCCGGUGGCCUGUGAGCUAAACGUUCUGAUCGUCCUCGAUAGAUCAGACUCUGUGAAGGGUGGAUUCAACAAGAGUCGAAAAUUUGUGACAGAUGUCUCUGAAGAACUUCAAAUUGGACCAGAAAAGCAUCGAGUGGCAAUGAUUGUCUAUUCGGGAUUGAGUUAUCGACGAGAAGUGUUGCCAUGGAAUUUUGCGAAGUCCAAUGAGGAAUUCGUACAAAAAACUAAUGCAUUGAGAGCCAUCGGAGGUACUACCAACACUAAAAAGGCACUUGAAGUCGCAUUGGAGUUAAUGGCCCAAAGGAAUGUGUCCAUUCCGACACUUGUUAUGGUUGUCACCGAUGGAAGAUCGGCUGACGAUCCGAAGGGACCAGGGAAACUUCUUCAGGCUCAGCCCAAUACCUGGGUCUUCGCGGCGGCAACGGGAGAUCCGGAGAAAGUUGAUACAAGAGAACUAAUGGAUAUCACUGGAAACAUCAAUCACAUUGUCAUGCACAGAGGAAGAGAUUUGGCAACGGAUAUUACGAGAAGACUUUUGAGAGAAGCACAGGAUAAGUGUAGGACUACAACCACAACAACAACCACUACUACCACAACCACUACUACCACAACCACUACAACAAAUCCAAUCACAGGUUGUGAACUUGACCUGGUUCUUGUUCUCGACUUCUCCACAACCACCGAUCCAGUCUACAAUUCGUACAAGGAUCUCAGUAAGCGACUGGUGCAACAAUUGAAGAUCGGACCACAUUAUACACAGGUUGCCGCCGUAACAUUUGCAACUGUAGGACGAACCCGUGUGCGAUUCAACUUGAAAAAGUACAGUACCCAAGAGGAAGUGCUUCGAGGAAUUGACAAAUUGCAGUCCAAAGGAGGAACUACUGCAAUUGGCGCUGGUAUCGAGAAAGCUCUGACGCAAAUAGACGAAUCCGAGGGUGCUCGUCCAGGAAUCGCCACAAAAGUUAUGAUUGUUUUCACUGAUGGAUGGAGCAAUAAGGGACCAGAUCCAGAGAAAAGAGCUAGAGACGCAGUUAACGCUGGUUUCGAAAUGUAUACAGUAGCUUAUACGGCACGCGCCCCGGGAUCUGUCACGUUGAACAAUGAAACGCUGUCAGCGAUAUCUGGAAGCAGUGGUCACGCAUUCACAGAUGUCACAUUCCAAACGUUGGUGGACAAAAUCAAGCAACGAAAUCUGCCAUGUAUGCCUUAA